AUGCAAAUCGAGUGCAAUCUGAUGAAAAACUGCAUGUGUCCGGUUUCCUUUGAGGAGGUGGCUGUGCGCUUCACCAAGGCUGAGUGGGCGCUGCUGAAUCCCAACCAGAAAGCUUUGUAUAGGGAAGUCAUGGUGGAGAAUUACGAGAACGUGGCCUCUCUGGCCCUUUUGAAAGUGAACAUAGAAAUGGAUUCCAGAAUCCAUUCAGAGGAAAAACAAUAUAAAUGCAUGGAAUGCGGAAAGAGCUUCCUCCAGCUUUCUAAUUUCACUGCACACCAGAGAAUCCACCAAAAAGAGAAACCAUAUAAAUGCUUGGAAUGUGGAAAGAACUUCACUCACAGCAAAGGACUCACUUCCCAUCAGAAAAUCCACACAAAGGAGAAACCAUAUGUGUGCUUGAAGUGCGGGAAAAGCUUCAGUUGGAGCUCAUCCCUCACCUCCCAUCAGAGAAUCCACACAAAGGAGAAGUCAUAUGUGUGUUUGAAGUGCGAGAAAACCUUCCGAUGGAGCUCUUCCCUCACUUCCCAUCAGAGAAUCCACACAAAGGAGAAGUCAUAUGAGUGCUUGGAGUGUGGAAAAACCUUCCGUUGGAGCUCAUCCCUCACUUCCCAUAAGAGAAUCCACACACAGGAAAAAUCAUAUGUGUGCUUGGAGUGCGGGAAAACUUUCCGUUGGAGCACAUCCCUCACUUCACAUCUGAGAAUCCACUCAGGGGAGAAACCAUACCAGUGCACAAUAUGUGGAAAAUGCUUUAGUCAGAGACCACACCUUACUUCCCACCGAAGAUUCCAUUCUGGAGAAAAACCCUAUAAAUGCCAGGAGUGUGGAAAAGGCUUCAGUCAGAGUUCACACCUGAACGUACACCUAAGAAUCCACUCAGGAGAGAAGCCGUAUAAAUGCUUAGAAUGUGGGAAGAGUUUCACUUGCAAUCAUUACCUUAAAACACAUGAAAGAAUCCACACAGGGGAAAAACCCUAUAAAUGUCUGGAUUGUGGGAGAAGCUUCAAUCAGAGCUCAAGCCUUAAUCUACAUCGAAGAGUUCACACAGGGGAGAAGCCGUAUAAAUGCAUGGAAUGUGGGAGAAGCUUCAGUUGCAGCUCAACCCUUACUAUACAUCAAAGAAUCCACACAGGGGAGAAGCCAUUCAAAUGCAUGGAUUGUGGGAGAAGCUUCAGUUGUAGCUCAACCCGUACUAUACAUCAAAGAGUCCACACAGGGGAGAAGCCAUUUAAAUGCAUGGAUUGUGGGAGAAGCUUCAGUUGUAGCUCAACCCGUACUAUACAUCAAACAGCCCACACAAGAGAUAAUCUAUUUAAAUGUAUGGAAUGUGGAAAGAAUUUUGGCAACCGUUCACAACUUACAUUGCACAAGAGAACUCACAUGGGAUAAAUUGUUUAAAUGCCUGCAGUGUGGAAAGAACUUCACCAGCAGCGCACA